GGAAAAGGCUAAUGAGAUAAAAUCCACCGGCUUUGUCUUCCAUUGUGGUCGCAAGCCUUCUUCCGCCUCUUCUCUCUCUCUCUCUCUCUCUCUCUCUCUCUCUCUCUCCUUCUCUCCAAAUCUCUAAAACCCUAGAAGCGCCCAUUCGAUUUUCCAGUUCAAAUUACUCAUCUCUCUCAUUCUUCCUCUACUUCUCCUCGAUUUUUCUAUAGUUGAAUCUGUAAGAAACGCAUGGCUGAUGUGGAACAGAACUAUACGCAUGUCGUUGAUGAUGAUCAAGUAGAUGAGAAUGCACAAAUAUAUGAGAAUGCUCAGGUACAUGACAUUACAUUGGAACAGGAAAACACACAGGAGGUAGAGAACUUGCACGAACUUCAGAAUGAACACAUACCAGAAACCUUAGAGUCUGAGCCAAAACAGGUGCAUAAUGAGGAUCCUCUGACUGUAGUAAGUGAGAAGAAGUGGCCUGGAUGGCCAGGGGAGAGUGUUUUUCGAAUGUUGGUUCCUGCCCAAAAGGUUGGUAGUAUAAUUGGUCGGAAAGGUGAGUUUAUCAAGAAAAUAGUUGAGGAAACGAGAGCUCGGAUUAAAAUUCUUGACGGUCCUCCUGGAACAGCAGAAAGAGCUGUAAUGGUGUCUGCAAAGGACGAACCUGAUUCUGCUUUUCCUCCUGCGGUGGAUGGACUUUUGAGGGUUCAUAAACGCAUUGUAGACGGUCUGGAGGGUGAUAAUGCUCAUGCUCCCAAUGCGGGAAGUAAAGUUUCAACGAGAUUGCUUGUAGCAGCUUCACAAGCAGGAAGUUUAAUUGGGAAGCAGGGUGGAACUGUUAAAUCCAUUCAAGAAGAAUCAAACUGUAUAGUUAGAGUUCUUGGAUCAGAAGAUUUACCUGUUUUCGCUCUCCAAGACGAUAGAGUCGUUGAAGUACUAGGUGAUCCAGCUGGUGUGCACAAAGCAGUGGAACUCAUUGCUUCCCAUCUUAGGAAGUUUCUUGUUGAUCGAAGUAUCAUCCCAGUUUUUGAAAUGAAUAUGCAGAUGUCAAAUCCACAGAUGGACCAGCACAUGCCGCCGCCACCACACCAACCCUGGGGCCCGCCUCAAGGAAUGCCACCAAAUGCUGGAGGUGGUCCUGGGUUUGGACCAAAUCCUCCUCAAUACAUGCCACCACCACCACGUCAAUUUGACAAUUAUUAUCCACCUGCUGAGAUGCAAGCGGUUAUGGAUAAGCAGCCCCAUCAUGGAAUUUCUGCUUAUGGAAGGGAAGCUCCUAUGGGUGUUCAUGCAGCAUCAAAUGCACAGUCGGCGCCAUCAAUUGUAACCCAGACAACUCAACAAAUGCAGAUCCCGUUAUCUUUUGCGGAUGCUGUAAUUGGAACUGCUGGUGCUAGUAUUAGCUACAUUCGUCGUGCUAGUGGGGCAACUGUUACUAUUCAAGAAACGAGGGGAGUCCCUGGGGAAAUGACGGUAGAAAUGAGUGGAACUGCUUCUCAAGUUCAAGCGGCCCAGCAGCUUAUACAGAAUUUUAUGGCCGGUGCUGGAGCUCCAGCCCAGCCUCAAGCCGGGGUAUCAACAGACCAAGGCUACAACUCAUAUGCUGCUCAUGGUUCGGUGUACGCAUCUCCCCCUGCAAACCCUGCAGCUCAUGCUGGUGGCUACGGCUCUGUCUAUGGUACGAAUUAUGGGUACUAAGCCUUUGGCCACUCGAACCACAUCAUCAUUAGAAAGAUUUGUAUCAUGUAGCCUCUUUUUAAAUCAUCUUUUUUGAACAUACUCUACCUGAACGACUUACAACCGUUCUCUAAAAUAGCCUAUUUGUGUGGUUUAGCGAAUUCAGUGUCUCCGUGAUUUUAAGCACCGUCUUAUUUUUGACUACAUAUGAUGGACGUUUCAAGAGAAGCUCCAAUUUAACAUUGUCGAUUUGAACUUAUAUGAGAAUUAGAUUGUCCAGAGUUAUUCUAUAUUCUUAAUUGAUUUGGUUAAAGCUGUA